AUGGCCGCGCGCGCGGCGCACCCUGGCGUCUUCCUGCUCCUCGCUGCCGUCCUUCUCGCGGUUGCGGUACAACCGGCGGCGGCGACGCUGCACCCGGUGGACUACCUGGCGCUGCAGGCCGUCCGGCGCGCGCUCUCCGACCUGCCGGGCUCCGGCUUCUUCGCUUCGUGGGACUUCACCGGAGACCCCUGCGGCUUCGCCGGGGUCUCCUGCUCCGGCGGUGGCCGGGUCGUCACGCUGGCCCUAGGGGACCCGCGCGCCGGCGCACCGGGCCUCUCGGGCGCAUUCCCCUGCGCGGCGCUCGCGCGUCUCUCCGCGCUUAGCUCGCUCUCGCUCGUCCCCGGCCGCGUAUCCGGGGGGUUAUCCUCCGCCGUCGCGGCGCUCCCGUCGCUCCGCUUCCUCGCUCUAUCCGGGAACCUCAUCUCCGGGAACCUCCCCGGAGCAUUCUCCCCUGCUCUUCGGACGGUUGAUCUCAGCAAGAACUCCUUCUCCGGCAGGAUACCCUCUUCACUGCUACAAAUCAGGAGUCUCCGAACGCUCGUCCUCUCCCACAACUCCCUCUCCGGCGAGAUCCCCAAGACAGUGAGUUCGCCGCUGGUCCACCUCGACCUCAGGAACAAUCGCCUAUCCGGCGGCGUCCCGCCGCUCCCGGCGACGGUCGUGUACCUCAGUCUUGCCGGGAACAGGCUCUCCGGCCGCGUUGGCGGCGUCCUUCGCAGACUGACGAGGCUGUCGUUUCUUGACCUUGGCGGGAACUGGUUCUCCGGCGAGGUUCCCGGAGAAGUCUUCUCGUUCCGGAUUGGGUACCUGCAGCUGCGCAAGAAUGCCUUCUCUGGCGAGCUCCGGCCGGCGGGGUGGUUGCCGUCGGGCUCCACGGUGGACCUCAGCCACAACGCGCUAUCCGGGCUGGUGCCGGCGGAGCUGGCGAGCGCGGCUGCAGUGUACCUGAACGGGAACAAGUUUGCUGGCGCGGUGCCGGCGGAGAUUGUGGCGGCGGCGGAGGGCGGGCGCAUGCGGGUGCUCUUCCUUCAAGAUAACUUCCUGACCGGCAUCAGCGUGCGCGGCGUGCCGUCGAGCGCGGCGAUAUACGGCCGUAAUAUUGUCAGGGGUACACGUGUAAGGUGGAUCUGGUUUGUUUCAAUGUCAGCGAUUGCGAUUUACAUAGAGAAACUUGGUGCAAAGAAAUGUUGGGCUCUCUGCUAUGUUAUCUCCAAUGAAAUGACCACCGAUUUGUUACUCAAUGGUUCGAAUUGUUAUGAAGUGCAACUCGUAUUGACUCCUCCUUAUCUACUGUAA